AUACUUACAGUAUGUAACAACACCUCGCUUGUACAGACUGCUAUCAUACAGUUCCUGUGACGCUUCAACGCUUAUGAUAGUUGCACAGAAAGUAACUACCUAUAACGAGAGGUAUUACAGUGCAGAUCUCACGAAAUAUAAACUAACUUGAUAUGUGUAGCGCGGUUCUUUGCUGAUUAUAUACAAUAAAGUACAGCCAUGAGGCUGUAGUGAUAUUAUAGUGAUAUAUAUUGAUAUGAAUCAAAACAAGUGCAAUAAUCAGUUUGGACCCAAUAGGUUAGUGAGUAUUGUUUGUGGUAAAGAUCCCUCGCAGACUGUAACCAUCAAUGAUAACGCGUGCAGCGAGGUAAUGAUCGCGAGUGAUAUCACGCCGCGCGGCUAUCAGUCCGCGAUUAGAUAGCGUCGCGUGCGCACGGCCGUCGCGCGGUGACCCGGACCAUGGCCGUCAAGGACCGGCUUGCUGAACUCCGCAACGCAAGCGCGGCGCGAGGAGUGUACCACGACACUGUGGAGCUCGGCGCGCCCGCUCCCGACGACGACAUCCGACAGACCUUCGGCGAGGUAGAACGACUUCACGGCUGGCUUCGGGAGAUCAGCAAUAACACGCUGCUGCUUCGGAAGAUUCAUGCGGAUCCCACCUUCCACGCAAACAGAGCGUUACAAGAUGAGCUCGACUCAAUCGUGACUCAAUCAAACGCUUUGGGCACCAAGGUCUGCGGCGCGCUGGUCCAGUUGGAAGCGAAGGCGCGGGUGGCGCGCAACGACGCUCGCGCGCGCAUCGCGCGGCUGCAGUACGCGACGGCGCGGCGACGCGCGGCCGACGUGCUUGCCGACCACCAGGCGCUGCUGCAGGCCGUCAGGGAGACGCAGCAGCAACUGCUACACGAACAAAUUAAACUAACAAACCUGACCAUCUCCGAAGAAGAAUGUGAAGCUUUAUUGGAUUCUAAGAACAUAUCAUUAUUUGUUGAUAAUGUGAAGGCGGAGACGGCGGCGGCGCGGCUGGCGCUGCGCGCGGUGGAGGCGCGGCACGCGGAGCUGGCGCGCGUGGAGGCGGCGCUGCGCGACGUGCGCGAUCUGUUCCUGCGCCUCGCGCAUCUCGUCGCCCAGCAGCAAGAGCAGAUCGACAGCGUGGUGCACUUCGCGCUGACGGCGACGGACUACGUGGAGAGCGGCGAGCGGCAGCUGCUGCGCGGCGUCGUGUCGCACGGCAGGGCGCGCCGGAAAAAAAUCCAUUUGAUAAUUUGCGUGGUGAUCGGGUUCGCCGUGGUGCUGAUGGUGCUCAUCAUCACAUGAAGAGGAGGGGGGGGGGGGGGGGAAUCAGCUGUGUUCAUAACAAGGGGAACAAGGACAUUUUAUUUGUAAGGCUUUAUUCAGUGCAAUGUUCACACUUCGAGAGUGUAAGUAAAUUUUUUAAAAUGAUAUACAGCUGUAAAUCUGAUAUACCAGUGAAUUACAUAAUUUAUGACAAUUAACAAACAUUAGCUGGUAUAUUUUAUUUGCAUUACAGACCAAAUACUAGUCAUUGUAUUUUUACGAGAGGAUAUAAUAGAAUGAAUGAAAUAAAAAUAUCUAAGUACUAAAAUAAAGUUUUAUUU